CCUCCAACAGUUCGUUCCCCAACUGCUAGUUAGGAGGCCUGACGUAGUGCCGCGUUGCUUGCGUGAUCGUCUACAAUGCUGAACCUGCACUUCGUCCUGACCCUUAUUUUGUUGGCAGCAGCAGUAAGGGGAUGGCCUGUAACAGACACUCCAGAAGACAAUCUGGAGAAUGACAUAGUAGAGAUGAGGAGGCUGCGUCCUCACGAGUCUCAUCGCGGAUGCCGCCAGGGCUGCCACCGAGGCCAUGCUGAUUCCGAGGUUGACGCAAACGAGGCCGGAGACUACUCGGACUCGUACCCUCGUGAAUGGCGUCCUCGUCCCAUCUACGGUCUGAUAUCUGAUAUCAUAGAGACAGCCCGCUACGGAUAUAGAAUCGACAAGCCACGCAAUCACUUCCUCUUCUAGUUACGCUU